GACAAUAACAGAGAUGAGGCUGAUUAGACAGAAAUGCCAAAACUUUUUUUUUGUUUAAUUGGCCUCAUCCUUGAUCUAUCUUUUAAUGUAAUUCUUACCAUACAGGAUACUUUAACGUUUACCCGUUGGGUGUAUGCAUUAUACCUUUUCCAAAUUAUUUUCCAGGCCAGGAUUCAAACCCAAAUACAAGUCCAACGCCCUAACCACUCGGCCAUCAUUCUUCAGUCUAAUGUUGAUGGCUAUAUAUUAAUUAUAUUGACCAUCCAUAGCCAAGCUGAUUUCCAAAACAAAUCCAUAUGUUCUUAUAUCAGUUGUUAUUUUGCAUUUGAAGCCAUAAUUAUGUGUAAAUGUUGUUUUCCUCGUACACAAUGUGGUCCUUUUAGAUGCAACAGAAUCCAAGAUGAAGACGAAUCAAGUUUCAGUAUCACCAGUUCGUCCAGAAGAUGGCAAGAGGCAACAUUCUGCAACCCCAUAUCUCGCCCGACCUUCUUCAAAAGAAUCAUCAGGAUCCAGGGUUUCUGGGUAUGGAUGUGGUAGUGUACGUUCACCAAAAGUCAGUCCUUACGGGCCCAAAGAAUAUUUACGGCCCAGUUCUUUUGAAAUAAAAAUGCAAAAUGAAUUAUUAGCAGUGAAAGAAAUGAGAAAAGAAAUGAGCAAAGAACAUUCAACAGAAGUUGACGAGAAUAGCGUUCCAGCAGCGACUGGUUCAAACAGCUUAAGAUCCUUUUCUGUCUCUCCCUUUAAGAAUUCAGUUAAACAGGAAAAAAAGGUGCCCAAAAAGGAUUUCAAUAAAAAGUCUUAUGCAGCACUUAAUGCUCUUUCGCAACUGGACAAACCAGAAAUGUUGAAGGGACCGCCUAUUACCAAGGAGCUUCAACCGGCUAAGAUUUAUGUAUCAAGUAGAAGUGAUGCUCCUUCAAAUACUUCUCAAGACGACUGGGUACUGUUGGAAGGAAAAACGUUCGCUAAUUUACCGCCUGCUGAUGAAAAUAUGCCAAACAGGCCUAGUAACAUAGUGCCCCAGGUGGAAACAUCAUCCAAUGUUUGGAUUAGACCCAAUUUGUAUUUGAAAGAUUUUAAUUCGACGAGCUUACCACCUUCUAGAAAUGUUUCUUCACAUUCUCUUGAAGAAGGAUUGAUUUUCCAGGGAGGAAGGCAUGUAAGGCGUAAAAAAGUUCUCCAAAGGUCAUUCGAAAAUGAAACAGACAUACCCUCCACUCCAAAAGGGCUUAGGGAAUUAAAAUCACCGUCACCUUUUCUUUCAAAUACUUCAGUUAAUAGAAUAAUAGCCCAUCCUCAAGGAAGAGACAACACUGAAGAUCCUUCACAAACUUCUUCACCACCAACUUUCAGACUUAGUACUAUCAAUGAAGAAAAAAACAAAUAUAUAGAAAAUAGUCUAAAAGUUAAGGGUACAGAUACACCUCCAAAACGACUAUUGUCUAGACCGACAGUUUUAUCAAGCUCGUUCAACAACAGCUCAUUUACAUCGAGUAAAAUAGAACAAAAUGCUGGAAUUCAUGACAAAUCUUCAACCUCAAAUAUCUCGAGUAACACACAUGGAAAAGUGUCUUCAGUUUUUAGGAAUCCACUCACAGAUCACACUACAACCAAGAGAAACACUUGAAGUAUUUUGUCCAAGAUUUCUGCAUACUUUAUCUUCAAAUAAUCCUUAUGAAAAUACAAUUUUGGUUUCUUGAGAUAAUCCCUAAGAUCCAUCAUUAUUCAUAGUUUUGCAAAUAACUGUAUUUCUGCCGUAACUUGGGCCUAAUUGUUAAAAAUAAGUCAAAAUAAACAUUGUUUCCAAUUUCUUCAAAUUUAAUUCAUUUUCAAAAAAUUAACA